UUUUCUCCUGCCUUAUCAACCAAGUCUGUUCACAUAAAACACUAUAAAAUCCCCAGCCAAUGCAGACUCACUUUUCAUACCCAACAAUGGCAUCAGCUCUAUCUCUCCUUUCUCUCUCUCUUCUCUUGCUUCUUCUUUCUUCACCAUUCUCAUCUGCGGCAUAUCCCAACAACAAUCACCUUCACUUGUCUUCAACUGCCUACUUCCCAAAGCUGCAAGCAGAAAAGCUGAUAAGAGGGCUCAACUUGUUCCCUAAAGACCCCAUUAACACUGCUGUCCGCGACCCUUCAUUCGUGGGCCCCAAGAUCGUUGAGAAAGGUUUUAAUCUCCCUCAUAUUCUUGAUGGCAGCUCUGGCCCCUCACCCCAAGAAUUUGCUCACCACGCUGGUUACUACAGGCUUCCCCAUUCCAAGGCAGCAAGGAUGUUCUACUUGUUCUUUGAAUCAAGGAACAGCAAAAACGACCCUGUUGUCAUAUGGUUGACAGGAGGACCAGGGUGUAGCAGCGAGCUGGCUGUGUUCUAUGAAAAUGGUCCUUUCCAAAUUGCAAACAACUUGUCACUUCAGUGGAAUGAGCAUGGCUGGGACAAGGCAUCAAACCUUCUGUACGUCGACCAGCCUGUUGGAACUGGAUUCAGUUAUACUACUGACGAGCAAGAUAUUCGCCAUGAUGAAGAGGGUGUUAGCAAUGACUUGUAUGACUUUUUGCAGGCAUUUUUCGCGCAGCAUAGUCAGUUUGCUAAAAAUGAUUUCUACAUCACCGGAGAAUCGUAUGCCGGUCAUUACAUUCCGGCAUUUGCAUCUAGGGUUCAUCAAGGGAACAAAGCAAAGGAAGGACUUCAUAUAAACCUGAAGGGAUUUGCCAUUGGCAAUGGGCUCACGAAUCCUGAAAUCCAGUACAAAGCAUACCCCGACUAUGCACGGGAUAUGGGGUUGAUUGAAAAAUCUGAUCACGAUAGCAUUAGCAAGAUGCUUCCAGCAUGUGAACAGGCAAUUAAAAACUGUGGCACUGCUGGUGGAAACGAGUGUGUCAGUUCUUAUGUUGUCUGCAAUAAUAUAUUCAGUCGCAUCAUGCAGAUCGCUGGUGAUAUAAAUUACUAUGAUAUUAGAAAGAAAUGCGAGGGAGACCUGUGUUAUGACUUCUCAAACAUGGAGACAUUCCUGAACCAAAAGUCAGUUAGGGAUGCUCUAGGAGUUGGGGACCUAGAAUUCGUUUCAUGCAGUAGCAAUGUCUACGAAGCCAUGCUGAUGGACUGGAUGAGGAAUCUUGAAGUGGGUAUUCCUGCACUUCUAGAGGAUGGAAUCAAGGUUCUUGUAUAUGCUGGGGAGUAUGAUCUAAUAUGCAACUGGCUAGGGAAUUCAAGAUGGGUUCAUGCCAUGGCAUGGUCUGGACAAAAACAGUUUGGGGCAGCCCCAACUGUUCAAUUUGUAGUUGAUGGUGCAGAAGCAGGAUUGCUAAAGAGCCAUGGCCCUCUGACUUUCCUCAAGGUCCAUGAUGCUGGUCAUAUGGUUCCAAUGGAUCAGUCAAAAGCUUCACUACAAAUGCUGAGCAGCUGGAUGCAAGGGAAACUUGCCAUGACAGAACCAGAAGAAUAUAUGGUUGCUCCUAAGUGAAGCCUCCAGUGAAGCCAGCAUCCUCUUUGAGCAUGCAUCUACAUUAUUCAAAUUUGUGGUUUCAAAAAGGGUGUCCGAGUGUACUAGUUGUGAUAUGUUUGCCCACCAGAGAUCUCAAUGUGCUUGUUUUCAACA